AGCCCGCAGCUGGCCAUGUGACGGCCGACAAAAGCAGGCGAGCCGCAGUCUCCGGUUUUCAGCGUCCGCGGGGAGGCGGCGGUAAACACACGACUGACAACCUGAUCGAAAUAACGCUUGAUUCCGUAAUACACGUGAGUAGGGCGCUAGCGCGUCUGUCGUGACGAAGGUAACGGUCUUUUGAAGUAUUCGAUCGUACGAGGUGGGCAGAGAUAUGAGGAGCUGUUUUUAACCUACAAAAGUAGUGUCGUGAAGUUUCAUUUACCGACCGACGUCUGCUAUAUGUGAUUAGGAACAAACAAACACUGGGCUCUGACAGCUCCAAUUUUUUAUUGGCUCCCUGCAGUUGUCUGUCCUGAGGUAUCUGACGAUGCACGGGCACUAGGACCGGAGUCUCGUCCGUGGAGCGCUGUGUCGGUAUCGGCCGUCUCACGAGGCUGAGGGCGCGGCCUCAGGAGUGCGCCGGCAUGCCCGAGCAGCUGGAGCUGCAGCAGCUGGUGGAGGCGGACGACGAGGCGGGCGGGCGCGGCUCGUCGGGGCCGGGCGCGGCGCGCUGCCCCUACCUGGGGCUGGUGCUGGCCACGCUCUCGUCGCUGCUGUUCUCGCUGUGCAGCGUGAUCGUCAAGUGGCUGGUCGAGGUGCACCCCAUGCAGCUGGCCGCGUGCCGCUUCGCCGGCGUGCUGCUGCCCGCGCUGCCCAUUGUGCUGUGGCGCGCGGAGCCCGUGUUCCCGCGCGGCCGCCGCCUCAUGCUGCUGCUGCGCUCCUUCGUCGGCACCACCGGCCUCAUGCUCAGCUUCUACGCCUUCAGGCACAUGCCGCUGGCGGACGCUUCGGUGGUGGUGUUCAGCGUGCCGGUGUUCGUCGCCAUCUUCGCGCGGCUCUUCCUGAAGGAGCCGUGCGGCCCGUUCCACGCGCUCACGAUCGCGCUCACGCUUGUGGGCGUGGUGCUCAUCACGCGGCCGCCGCUGCUCUUCGGCCACGCAGCCACGCCGCCGCUGGGCGCCGGAGGGCCCGUUGAGAGCGACGCGUGGGGAGCGGCGGCGGCAUUUGCAGCGACGCUGUUCGGCGCGAACGCGUACGUGCUGCUGCGCGCGCUCAAGGGGCUGCACUUCGCCGUCGUCAUGUGCAACUUCGGCGCCUUCGCACUCGUGCAGACCACGCUGGUCGCUGCCGCGCUCGGCGCCCUCUGCAUGCCCAGGUGUGGCUUCGACAGGUUCCUGGUUGUGGCCCUGGCACUGCUCAGCUUUGGAGGACAGAUCCUGCUCACAAUGUCUCUACAACUGGAGCAGGCUGGCCCUGUAGCCAUUGCUCGCUCAGCAGAUAUUGUUUUUGCUUUCAUAUGGCAGCUCCUUUUCUUCAAAGAAGUGCCAAACAGAUAUAGUGUGAUGGGUGCUGUGCUUGUAACAUGCUCUGUGUUGCUCACUGGCUUACGCCGUUGGGCGCUGGCAUUACCGGAAGCGUCACCUCUGCGACGGCGCCUUGGGCUCCUUGCUAGGUGAGGCGAGUGCAGCUCACAAGCACAAUAGAAGACUGGAUUCGUGAUGGAUGUUAAAACGAGGGCAUCAGUGUAACAUUACACUGAUGGCUGUUGAUGAAUUAGUGACAUUUAUAGUUGUGACACAAACAAACUAUUCUACUAUCCAGGAUGUGAUAGAUGGUGAUUGUGACUAUCAGAUGAACUAUUCAAAGUGUGGCUGUUGUUGCACUCAUCUACAUUUAUACUGGAUUGUUGCUAUGUUUUAAGACUCCUGAUAAAGUGAUUACACUUUACUAAGUGUGCACAGUGUUCAGGCAUUACCUAUCUCUGUGUGCAUGUUUAAAAUAAUAGUAACUUGUUCUGUAUUGUAGCCUAAAUAACCAUGUUAUUGUAUUGUUGUACCAUGAAUGCAUAUUGAUUUUUGGUGCUAUUGUUUGGGAAACUACUUUCCAGCUUUUCAUGAAAAUACUAUUAAUACUUUACCCUCAAGUGUGUUUCAACUUUUUUGACACAUUUGCUAUUGAUGGGCAACAUUUUAUAUGGAAGCUGGCAUAACAAAGAUAUAAACUAUUCAUUAUACUGCUUCACAGUGCUGUGUGAUUACAUCUUCUGUUAACAGUUUUCGGGAAGCAAUAAGUUUAAUGACUGAUGUUGAGAUAGUUUAUAAGCUCAAGAAGCUGAAUCAUAUUGUUUUAAAUCUUUACCUGGUAAAAUCAUCUGACAUUCAACAAUUUGUACAAUGGCUAUAAAUAAACAAUACUCAGUUCUCGUGAUGAAACCUGAAGACUGAAUGUAGAGACAAUUAGGAUGUCAUAUUAGGGUUAUGCUGUUGGCUUUUCCCUGCAAAUGAGGCAUUUAAUUGCCUUUAGAGUGUCUACUACAGUUCUUUGAAGGUAUUAUUUUGCAAGAAGGUCAUUAAGAGAUGGAAUUAAGUGUUAUGUCUAGUUUAUUAUUUUGUGGCAGCAUCUAUGCAAAUAUUUUUAAUGGUUAAAAAGACUGAUUUAUUUCCUGUCUAUUUUGGUGGUAGGUGAGACCAGAGAUAGUAAUCAGGAACUGGUCUUGCAUAUGAAUUGAUGAUGAGAACUGCAGUUUGCUAUAACUUUUUAAGUAUAUGGGCUCCUUCCAAACAAAAAUGUACUCUUCCACAUAGCACUAUAUUUGGUGGCAAACCAUGGGAAGUAUGAAGCAUUGGAUAUAUUUGGUUCAAUUGUAAAAGAAAAAAAGGUAGUUAAUACACUAUAUCUGUAAGACUAGAUACUCUGAAUAAUUAAACUUGUUUGCAGCUUGCCUGAUACAUCUGAAAACUGCAUGUGAUUCUUCAAUACUGGUAACCUGUUUUUGAAACAAAAACUGAUUAAAAUAAGUCAAAAGAAAGGACAAAAUAAGUAACAAAUAUUUUAUGGAGUAUGCAUCUAUUAAAAUCUCAUAGGGAGUGCGACAUUAUUUCACAGUUUCAAAUACUAGCUGAACAAUGAGAUUUGAUUGCUCUAUUAUUUUUUAAAUCAUUAGAUCUGAAUCCUAGUAUUGUCCCUUUCAAAAGGCUGUGACCAGUUUCAGCUAUCAUUGUUCACUUUAUGAUUGUGCCCCAUCUGUUGUGACCUCUGUCAAUGGGAUAUUAAACUUUAAUCUUAUUGUCUUCCUCUUUAGUAUGUACUCUUAUAAAAGAGAAUGGUGGAAUGAAAACACUUCAUCAGCCUCUGACUGCUCUGUUACCAAACUAUAUAUGAGAAAUCAGCAGAUAAACAUCAAGAUGCUGUAAGCAGUAUUGGUGCACAUUCCUUUUGCGAUAGAGACAGAUAAAACUCUUGAGUUAAUAACUGCAUGAUACCACUACGUAAUACCUGUUUGAUGAGCUCAGGAUCCACCAGCAGACAUAAAACUACUAUGUGUUGCCAUCAUCUUCAUAGAGGAUGAUGAAUACAUUUUAUUCCUCCCUAUUUUUAUAUUUCUUUAGCCACGUAGCUUUAUUUAUAGAUUAUUUAUGUGCAGUAUAUUUCUAUAUCAUAUGGUUCUAUUGUCUUGAUCUGCUUUAUGAGAAUGCAAAAAUUGAUCCAAGUCUGGAAGUUACGUCAUCUUAUGAUAAAUAACAUAGCAGUCUUAUAUAAAUGAAGUCCAAAGUACACCUCAACUUCUCAGUGAAACUGAACUAGUUCCUUGAUGAAGUCUUCAUUAGAUGACAUCCGAACCAUCUUCCCGUAGCAGGGAAGCUACAAGAUUAUCAUUCAAUAUAAUUAUUAUGUUGAAAAUAUCUUAUCAAAGGCAAUGUAUGCUUACAGAAGGGGACCAUUGCAUACAUUUAUAAGUGUAUUAUUGCGGUAAGGAUACUGACUGAAUUUAUUGACAGUGAAUAAGUCUCCAAUCACUGAUGUAAUUCCUGUCAGAUAUUGUCAAGUUUAUGGAACAUGAACAAGCAGUAGGUUCCACCUACAAAAAAGAAAGAUAAGUGAGAAGUUGCACUCACUACAGAGAUGAAGGGGUAGUACUGUGGCCUAAAAAGGUGCUUAGAAAUAAAUAUUGACUGUCAGUUUAAUGCAGUAAGCAGUUUCUUUGAGAUAGAGAAGAGACCAACCAGGUGCAUGGCAAAAUAGACAGCAAAUAAGAAUAUGGGAAUAGGCAAACUUCUGAUUUCAUAGGGAUUAAUAAUCUUAUUUUGUAAGGAAUGGGUGCAGGAAAGAUGAGAGACCAUAAAAAGAACCAUUGGAUGAAAAUGACUGAAACAUAAGAAUGAAUACACAGAGACAUGAUAUUAAUGUUAGAAAUAAUAAACAUCAUCUCAUGUGGAUGGAAGUGACAGGGGUCAUUUGUAUUGAAAAUAAAGAAUACACAGAGAAAGAUACUAAGAAAUAUGCUCAUUUAAAUGACACUGAGAAAAAUGAAACAAAGGAAAAUCUAGGCUGGAAUAACAAUAAUGCGAAAAGGAUAGAUUGCUAUUGACCACAUAGAGGCGGUGUUGAGUGGCAAUCAGACAACUUGAAAAAAGACUCCUAGAUAUUAUUAUUAUUAGUGAUCAGACUAAGCCCUUC